AAGUGUUUCUGUGGUGUGCAUUUUUCAGAAAUUAGACGUCGAGGCUCCAAGGAUCCCCUGGUGAAGGCCCUUCAGCUGCUGGACAGCCCCUGCGAGCCGGGGGACACUGGUGCGAAGUCAGAGGCGCCGGCCAAGAGACGGGGUUCCAAGGACCUCCUGGGGAAGGCGCCACAGCUGUACGACACACCCUACGAGCCGGCCACUGACGCGGGCCCCGAGCGGAAGGCGCGGCCGGCAGAGGCCCACGGCCGGCUGCCCGCGGACGAUGAGCGGCCUGCGGCCGAGUACGAGCAGCCGUGGGAGUGGAAGAAGGAGCAGAUCGUGCGGGUGCUGUCAGUUCAGUUUGAAGGCUCUGAGCGACCUGCCACGAAGGAGGAGACAGUGAGGCAGCACCACCGACAGAAGAGCUGGACCCAGAAGAUCUUGAAGCCAACCCUCUCUGACCACAGCGAAGGGGAGCGAGUGGACCCAGCCCUGCCACUGGAGAGGCAGCCUUGGUAUCAUGGUGCCAUCACCCGGGCUGAGGCUGAGAGUCGACUACAACCCUGCAAAGAAGCUGGUUACUUGGUUCGAAAUAGCGAGUCGGGGACCAGUAGGUACUCCAUUGCACUAAAGACUAGCCAAGGAUGUGUCCACAUCAUAGUGGCUCAGACCAAGGACAACAAGUACACCCUGAACCAGAUGAGCGCAGUGUUCGACAGCAUCCCAGAAGUGGUACACUAUUAUUCCAAUGAGAAGUUGCCUUUCAAGGGGGCGGAACACAUGACCUUACUCUACCCCGUGCACAGCAAGCUGCACUAAGGUUCAGCCGCCAAAAGCCCAGCCAGGCCUCAGCACCCGGCCGGUAUCUCAGGGGACAAGGCUGGACAGCGCCAUAAUCAUUGGUAGGAAGGGUGGGGUGUGGUCUUCACUGAGAAGUCAAAAAGUCUUUGGCCUGGAAUCCAUUCCAUGACACUUGGUUACCGACCUGUCCCUUUCCUCCUUGCUAAGUAGUUCUCCAAUAAGAAACAAUUUACCAGUUGCCUCCACUCUCUGGAGUAGGGUAUUCAAUUUGGGGUUUUACCCUCAGGAAAGGUAAGUCAGGAGUCCAGGAAUAUUAAAGGUUUCCGGAAAUGUGCUAGUUGUCACCUGGAAUACCUGGUUUCUAAACAAACCAACAAAUGUGCACUUGGCUUUUACCUAAAACAGCAGGAAAAGAUUGUGUGGACCAGAAGAGCGUGGAAUAUCAGACCCCUUCUUGGGCAAAAGGAUGCACAGUGGAAAAUAAGUGAAUGGCGGGCCCCUCAGAGAAAGCAGUCUUUCUCGAGUGUCCUGGUUCAUUGCAGCUCUGGCGUCUAUGGAAAUUCACAACUGUAGGGUCUGGCAAAAGGAUGAUUUUUGCUGGUCAGCCUUCUAAGAAAGUUUGUGUUUUCUCAGUCUCUGUAGACUUUUCAGCAUUUCAGCACAUUAGUGACGUAAGCGUAAAAAGGAGGGUUUAAGAAUCACCAGUAUCAUUAAACAUUGGAAUCAUUAUUAGAAUUCUGCGUUAUAGGCUAAAACACAACUAAGAUUUUAUUUCUGAUUUUUUUUUUAAAUCUGAAAAUGUGCAAGGCUCGACAACUGUUUUCUUAUUGGAUAAUUAUACAGAACUUCUGCCUUUUGUUUAGUCUUUGUGGAACUGUUUUUCAUUUUUGUUCCUAAAAUUUGAUUUGCUUUGUAUUUUUAGAGUAAAUUAAAUAUAUAUAUAUAUAUAUAAAUAUCACUCUAGGAUCUGAUUGUAUGAACUGGGUCUCUAAAGCCUGCUGUCUCCCAUGCUAUAUAUACAAAGACCGGUUCACAUUGUAUAAAAAUAUUUUAAAAGACUGCGGUUUUCUCCAACCACUACUGCUUCAGAUAGGAAAUUAAUAUUCAUAGUAUUGUUAUCUUUAUGAUUUAUCAUGAACUUUGUCGCCAGUUUACUUACUGUGAAAAAAACAAACAAACCAUGAGAAAGGCAUACUGUGAGAAGAUGCCUAUGUUAAGCAGAUGUUUCUGUAUCCUGGGGUUUGUAAUUUGGUUCUCAAAACUGGUCCAGAUGCAAAUAUGCUGACUGUCACCAAUGAAAAGUUCACUUCGGCAGCUUCUUUAAAAUACACAAAAAGUGUUGAUUUGGUUAAUUUGGGGGAAAGCAUAUCUUUCUAGUUAUUAAUCAUUUUACUAUCAUGAUUUUAGAGGUUAGUAAAUAUUUGCUUCGUUAUUCAGUUAAGAUUGUAGCCCAAGAGUUGUUUGAUCUUUGAUUUAAAAAACUUGAAAGGAACUUUUUCUCACUGGAUCCCAAAGAAUUUAUGAAUAAAGAGUGUUCUGUUUCUUACAUGCUGAUAGGACUUUUUUUUUUCUGAUAGGAUUUUCUAAAUGUGUAUUAGUUUAUGUACUAUAGCUUUAGUACAAGAUUUUUUUUAAUUUUUAGCAUCCAUAGUUCCAGUUCCAUUCAAGAAAUAUUUAUUAUCUUGCAUAUACAAAUAAUCCAGUUAAACUUAUUUUUAGUUCAGUACCCUAGAAAUCUCAUUUUUUACUUAAACUUAUUCCACAAAGGAAAUACAGCAGCUAUCCUCAUUUUAACAAAUACUAAAAGCUUUGCAAAAUUUUUCUUUGUGUACUAAAUGAUUUUUGGCCCAUACCCAGCAACUGUGAUGAAUGUAUAAUGAAAUAACAUUUUGAAAGCAGACCUGAUACAUGAAGUAUUUAUUGAGCUUCUAGCAAAUGCUCACUGUUGUGCUUUUUCUAGACUUGUUUUUCUGUGGCAGUCAUGCUGUUUUUUCUUUAUAUAAUUAAAAGUGGAGAUGUGCAGUUUAUUUAUAGUCUAGUUCCUUCACAAUUGUACAGGAGGUUAUAAGAAGAAGAAAAAUCAUGAAUGAGUAGAAGGAAGGUUAAGCUACUGUUUUCUGCUUCAGGUUGUGGUACAAGCUGACAAAAACCAGGGAAUUCACAGCUGGGUGGUGACACAAAGUACCAUAUGUUCUGGAAACAAUUAGGCCCAGCGGGGUGUCCCCAAUGGCUCCCUUGGUGAGCCUUCUGGGCCAGCUGAUCUGAAGCCCUCUGAUAGGUUUCCUCCUGCCUGAGCUCCAAGUCACUUUGUCUUGAGACAAGCGUUUUACUCCCAUUUUCACUCUCUUGCGUUAAUUCUGUCUCACAGACUAUUUUCUGAUGCUUUCUGGAUCAAAUAAUGUCUUCUAGCAAAAUCGGUGCUCUCUUGAAUUUUGCAUCCAUGGAGCCUCCUGCGUUUUGUUCCCCUCUCUCACACCUUUUUAACAACUGCUGCAGGUUAUUAGUUGAGUUUAUUUAGUUAGUUUGUUUCAGGCCGUGAGAACCAAGGGUAGAGGGACUUCUGUGUUUGCUUUGCUACCAUAGCUAUUUCCAUCAGGACGGAUUCCAGGCAUUGUGGAGUUGUGUGUAUUUAAAUAAGUAGGACUAAAAUAAUGGAGAAAUGUUAAUAGGUGUACGAAAGGUAAAUGUUGAUAUGCCUCCACUCUCCUGGGGACAGACGUGUGCUUUCAAAUUUUCCAAAGUACUUGCUUACGAAGUAUUGAUAAAAAGAGCCUUCAUUCUUAACUGUUGAAAGUCUCCGUGCUUUGCUGAAUGGUUAUUCAUUCAUUGGCCUCUGCCCCAGAAUGGGGACCUGAACAGAUGAUCUCUGGGGACAGCCAGACAUUUUUGGAUACAGGUGGGAAAAGAGUUUUAAUCAGUUGCUUUUUAAAUGAGGGUAGCCUUUCUAUUCUAUUAAAAUGGCUUUUUUUUCGUCAAAGGGUAAUGCCUCAUUUUUCCUCCAGUCUAGUGCGGGGGUAACCAAGAUAUCUGGGUUUCAUUUACCUUCUCCUCCGCGUCCUUUUAAUAUUCAGAAUUUCCUGAAUACCUUCCUCGGAGAUGUUGCUCGUCCAUGCGUUGUCGCUCUCAUUUUUCAUAACCAGCAGGAUUUGGGCCUUAUGAUCUCUUUAGAGUCACUCUUCUUUAUUCUCAUCUUGAGUUUUUUGUCCCCCAUUAACUUGGCCUUGGAGAAGCUUGGCCUGCAGUGGACCUUAAGGAAUCCACUUUCAUUUGUGACCCUGUGGCAAGAAAGCGAUGGAGUGUUACUGCCAUCUAACGGAAAGAGAGCAAACUGCAGUGGGAAAAGGCACACAUUCAAGGGAGGGUUUUCUAGAGGAUUUCUGAUACAUAGCGUCAAAAAUGAUGACACAGCAGUUGCCAUCUUGAAAUCUGUCUUUUCCUGCGGAAAGGGUGAUUUGCAGCCUAAUACAGCUAUCGAAACAGGGCCCCCGGAUGAUGGCUGGAUCAUGUCAUUUAGAAUCUUGAAUUGUGUUUUCAUGAAUAUGCUGGUAACAGAUCAUUGAGACAGACCUCUCGUUUUAUCUAGUUAUUCACCAUUCGGUUAUUUUGUCAGGGGGCUUGAACAUUUUAAAUAUCAACUAAUACAUAGUUUUAACUUUUGAAAGUAUUUGGAGAUUGUCUGUAAGCCUAUCUGUAGAGCAUUAGUAAUUUAUAUCAGAAGGACUUGAUAAAAUGUCUGGAGGUAUCACAGGCGCCAGUACAGUCUGCAUGCCCUCCUAAAGAUGGUUUACUCUAAAAUGUAACUUUAAAUAAACAUUAUUCCAAGAAAACCACGUUUUUACUUGAUGUAAUUAGUUUUGAGAACCACCUCCCUUCGUAAAAAAAAAAAAAAAAAGCCCUGUGGUAACAGCUAUAGCAGAGAGAGGCAAAAAUUUCAUUUGCAGUCGUUAAUAAAAUG